GUCUGUCACAAGUAUGGUAAUGAGAACAAGUGUUGGUUCUUGUUUCCUCAUGAAGUUUUUGAACACUCAAACUUUGACACAGCCUCCAAUUCCAUCAUUUUUAAGUGUCUAGAUGGCAAAGUGAACUUUUCCAAUCCCAAGAUCCUUACAUUUUGUCAUCACAACCAUGAUUUAAAAUGCAUAUUGUCUGGGAAGAGUGUGAAAGCGGCAGUGUUCGAUAUUUUAGAUUACAUCACGAAAACGGACAUGAACACAUACAAAAUGUUCUCUCUUCUU